AUGGACACUGUAGCAACGGAGAUCGUAUCAAAUUCAAAAUAUUACCCUUUCUUUAAGGAUUGUAUUGGUGCUAUUGAUGGCACUCAUGUUGCUGCAAGCAUUCCCCAAAAUGAACAAAUACCGUUUCGUGGAAGAAAAACUAACACAACAUGGAAUAUAAUGUGUGUUUGUUCAUUUGAUAUGUUAUUCACGUAUGUCAUGUCUGGUUGGGAAGGAUCGGCCAAUGAUUCUCGUAUACUCCAAGAAUGUAUCAAGAAUCCCGAGAAUAAAUUUCCUAUGCCUAAGAGAGAUCAAUACUAUCUUGUCGACUCAGGAUAUUCAAAUAUGCCAGGAUUUUUAGCACCAUUUCGAGGUCAAAGAUAUCAUUUACGAGAUUUUAGAGAAAGGAGACAUCGCCCUCGAGGUAGAGAAGAAGUGUUUAAUUAUCGACAUUCUUCACUGCGAAAUGUCAUCGAACGUUGUUUUGGUGUGCUGAAGGCUCGAUUUCCUAUUCUUAAGCAAAUGCCUCCGUACCCGAUCAAGACACAAAAAUAUAUACCGAUAGCAUGUUGCACAGUUCACAAUUAUAUUAGAUUGAAUGAUCGUGAAGAUGAUCUUUUCAAUGACUUUAGCAAUGAAUUAAUGAUCGUUGAAGAUACACAUAAUUUUUCGGCCAAUUUGCAGAGGGAUAUAAUUGAAUUAGAUCAUAAUAGAUUCCCAAGGCUUAGUCCUAUUGGUGAAAAGUUUCUGCAUCAUUCUCGAGCUUUGUAUUCGCUUCCUUCGGAUGAUUUCAAGACUUAUUAUUACAAUCAAACACUUGAUCAUUUCAAUUAUAGACCUGAAAGCUACACAACAUUCCUUCAAAGAUAUAUAAUCAACUUCAAGUAUUGGGGUGGUCCGAAUUCGAGCGCACCAAUUUUUGCUUACUUGGGUGCUGAAGCACCAAUAGAUGGUGAUUUAAAUUUUAUUGGGUUUUUGACUGAUAACGCCAUUCAGUUUAAUGCUCUUUUAAUUUAUAUUGAGCAUCGGUACUAUGGAAAAUCAAUUCCAUUUAGAUCAAGGGACGAAGCAUUGGGCAAUGCAAGCACUCUUGGAUACUUUAAUUCAGCACAAGCGAUAGCUGAUUAUGCUGCCAUUCUUAUACAUGUAAAAAAGGAGUUUCAUGCUAAUUAUUCUCCUGUAAUUGUUAUUGGUGGAUCAUAUGGAGGAAUGUUGGCUUCAUGGUUCCGUCUUAAAUACCCUCAUGUAGCACUAGGAGCUCUUGCAUCUUCAGCUCCAAUCCUUUAUUUCGACGAUAUCACACCACAGGAUGGAUACUAUUCUGUGGUCACCAAAGACUUUAGAGGUCUCAGUGAAACUUGCUACGAAACUAUUAAGAAAUCGUGGUCAGAGAUUAAAACAGUUGCUUCUCAGCCGAACGGUCUCUCCAUUCUCGACCAAGAAUUCAAAACAUGCCGUCCUUUAAGAGGAUACUUUGAGUUGGAAGACUACUUGUGGUCCAUGUACGCCAGUGCAGCUCAAUAUAACCAUCCGCCUAAAUAUCCAGUCACGAGAAUAUGUGAUGCCAUCGAUGGAACUUAUUCUGUAAAUGGAACACUUAGCAAAAUAGCUGCAGGGGUAUUUGCUUUCAGAGGGAGUAUCUCCUGUUAUAUUAAUGAACCCAGAAAUGAAACAGAAACUGAUGUAGGAUGGAGAUGGCAGUCAUGCAGUGAGAUGGUGAUGCCAAUAAGUUCAGAUGAUGAUAUGUUUCCACCAUACCCUUUUGACCUUCAAAGCGUCAUCAAUUAUUGCAAUAGACUUUAUGGUGUUCCUCCCAGGCCCCAUUGGGCUACCACCUACUAUGGAGGCCAUGAUAUAAGACUCGUCCUUCAGAGAUUCGGGAGCAACAUAAUUUUUUCCAAUGGACUCAAAGACCCUUACAGUAUUGCCGGGGUAUUGCACAGCAUAUCAGACAGUCUCCUUGCGGUGCAUACGACAAAUGGAUCUCAUUGCUUGGACAUCUUAAAGGCACAUGAAACUGAUCCUGAAUGGUUAGUGACACAGAGAAAGACUGAGGUUGGUAUCAUUAAAGGAUGGAUCAGCGAGUAUUAUGCAGAUUUGAAAAAGUACAAACAAUAGAAAUCACACCCAAAGGUGAUUGAAGACAUUCUAGUUUGUAAAGAAUACCUUUUCUGCUCUUCAGCACCAUUAUACAAUAUCCACACUACACAAAAGGGAAUGAAAAACCUGAUGAACUUGUAAUAUGAGCUAUCCGUUUGACGAACUUGUAACGACCCAUCAUAGAAUGAGAAAUAAAAGAUUAUUGCUGUAUUUUAUAUCCUCUUUGUAAGCUUCUUGCUUCUGAUUAAUAAAGUUGACGCUCUUGUGCUCUGCUUUUA